AUGAUAAAAAGAGCCAUGACUAUCGGAAAGCCAAUUACUUUAAACAACGGAACAAAGAUCCCAUUCAUGGGGUUAGGUACCUGGGAAAUCAGUAAUGCAGAUGUGGUUGUUCGGGAAGCAUUAAAUGUCGGCUAUAGAUGUAUCGAUACCGCUGUUUUGUAUGGAAAUGAGAAGUUGUGCGGAGAUGGUAUUAUCAAAUGGUUGGAGUCCGAUCCUAACAAUAAGAGGGAAGAUGUGUAUUACAUUACCAAGUUAUGGAACCAUCAGAAUGGAUACGAGAAAGCGAAACGUGCCAUCAGGGAGUGCUUUGAAAAAGUCAAGGGGUUAGGAUACAUUGAUUUACUUUUGAUCCAUUCGCCGACCGAAGGGCCAAGAAUGAGGUUGGAGACUUGGAAAGCCAUGCAAGAGGCAGUUGACGAGGGUAUCGUCAAGUCUAUUGGCGUUUCUAACUAUGGUAUUAAGCAUUUGCAAGAAUUGUUAUCAUGGGAAGGCACUUAUAUCAAGCCCGUUGCCAAUGAGAUCGAGGUUUCUCCUUGGUGUAUGAGACAAGAACUAUGUGACUUUACUAAAAAACACGAUAUUGUGGUUAUUGCCUAUGCUCCGCUAUCACACAGUUAUCGUCUCCAAGAUAAGGACGCUGUGGAAAUCGCAAAGAAAAAGAACGUUACUGUUGCCCAAGUCCUAAUCAGAUGGUCUCUACAGAAGGGGUACAUUCCAAUCCCGAAAACAAAGACCCUAGCUAGACUUCCUGUAAAUUUGGAUGUUUUGAGUUUCGAGUUGAUCACUGACGAAAUGAAACAGCUUGACCACCCAUUGGAACACGAUCCAUCCGAUUGGGAGGUUACAAUGUGUCCAUAA